UUAUAGUGUAACGCUGUCGCUCCCUCCCUUGUGUUUUAUUUUUCCUUCUGUUCUGCGAAUCGGGCUUUGGCAGUUGACACCGCCUCCCUCAGUCGCGGCAGCCGCCUCUUCUCUCUCGCUCUCAGGUGCUCAAAUUUCUCUGAUGCCUCUUAUAAUGGAUGUUUCGGCCCAGACAGAUUACCAGCCGCCACCGGGAUUUGUGGAGGAUAAAAGGGAUCCACUCAUUGACUUCAACUUAACAGACUCGACUGAGCUAUGGCUUAUUCAAUGGCCUAUUAAUCAUCCUCCUGAUUUUGAUGGGCAACAUGUGUCGCUGAACCUUAAGAAUGAUGGAUGUCUGGGCACCUUAGAGGGUUCUUCUGGAAAAUCAUAUGAAGUGGUAAGUUUCAAGUCCCAAGGUCCGGAGGCUACCGUUUUUCUAUCUUCAGCAUCAGAGGCUAAAAUUGCUGGGAAGAUUUCUAGGCGUGUUUCGUUGAUCCAUUACCCAGAGCCUAGUGAACUUCAGAAACGCAAUAACCUUAACUCGAGUCAGUCUCAACGGUCCUCAGCUGCUACUUCAACCAUGUCUGGUCGUCGUUUUGCAACUCCCACCCGUAGUAUUAGACCUAAAAAUUCUCAGGCAAUGAGUGGUUACUCCACACCAAGCAGCAGAAACAAGAGUUCUGUGUCUGGACCUGCGGAGCCUCCGAAGCCGCCAAAGAGAAAACGUGUGGACGAGCAGAAUAGAUCCAUGGAACAUUCUAUCCAGGACUCAGGAAAGGGAAAUAGCGCUGUAACCUCUACUGGGUCCUUGGGACACUCUGAGGAAAGAAAAUCAAAGAAGAAAAAGAAACUUGAAAGCUGAACUUCCAUUGCAUGUGUCUACAGCUUUAAUUUCUAGCUCGGGUUUUUGUUAUGAUAAAUCUGAUCCUUUUGCCAUACAUGUAGUUGAUUUGCCUGAGAAUCUUUGUAAUACGUUGCAGAAUUUUGUGGAAUUCUGAGGAGUUUGGUCUCGAUAUCUAUAGUUUGAUUUGUUUUUUUUAA